AUGGUUGUCUUGAAUCCAAACAACUGGCACUGGGUGGAUAAAAACACCUUACCUUGGUCUAAGGACUACUUGAAUGGUAAAUUAACGAGUUUAUCCACUGUUUCCUCUGAUGGGAAGAGCAUAAUCGAGUUAACUCAAGUGAGUAGCAUCACUGGUGACUCUAACGUAUCUCAAAGGAAAGGCAAGCCGAUUUGCUACUUUGAUUUACAGUUAUCGAUGAACGUCAAAGUGACAAAUUUAGAUACUAAUAAGGACAACGAAGACGAUGACGGCAUACUUGCGGACGGGAAACUAGAAAUUCCAGAGUUUAUGCAUGAUGAAUCUGAUUUCCCAAUUUUGUCGCAAGGUUUUGAUGCGUUCGAUGGAUUGGUUAGAUCUGAAUUUGUCCCUAAAGUAGUGGAGACGCUACUAAAAUACCAAGAUGACUUGAUUGAAGAACACUCAAAGGAUAUACAAAUUUGA